CGGGUUACGCCCUCCCUCCGCUGAUUUUCAAUUGUCACACAGUAAAAAUGGCGUGUGCGUGUUGUUAGCCCGGACUGCACCCCCUCAACCUGCCGAAUUGCGGUCGUCAAGCACAGAAAGGCUCUACAGGCUUGAUUUUCUUGUACAGACGAUGUGCGGCGCUGAAGGCACGAGCGAUCAGCGUGCAGACCGCGCCGGGCGUCCGCAGUAGAAGAGCCGUCGGACAGGGGCGAUGCGCCGGGCGAGUUGACGUCCGCGAGCAGCGUGUGCGUAAGUGGAAGUGAGCGCGUUCGAACGCCCCUCUGUCCGCCCACUGUACAGGCUGUCCCGUGAAUGCGCAGACUAGUCAUGCGUGUGUAGACAGAAAGAGAGAGAGAGAGAGAGAAGUUGGUAGAGUUUGGACAGGAGGAUGCCCCGCUCAGUGGGCGACCUGCUUGAGGCCACCAAGCCGACGGUCAGCUACAGCGCCAACACGGCCACCACGCCCAACGCGCCCUCCACCGGACGCUACGUCAACUCGGUGUCUGACCUGUACGGCGCCGACGAGAUUGAGGUACUUCUAGACGAAAUCAAAGACCUGGAGCCCUGCAGUGUGCGCACCGAGGAUAUCCAGGUGACCAGGCUCUCAGCCAAGCCGCCAGAACUGAGAGCAUUUUCCGCCCGCCACAGGGUGAUGACGUUGGAUUUUGAAAUUGCCGGCAGCCGGACGGCCGUGGACGAGGAUGGGCCAGGGGGAGACAAGGAACCCCACGAAGGCAGCGACGCCGACUCGGAGGGCGAGGCGGGCGCCAGGUCGCUGGUCGGGACUGUCCACUCGUGGGACAGCCACGCCAACUACCGACACGAUCUCGACGACGACGACGAGGGUCGAAUGCUAUUCCGAGGCGUUAUUGUCUACUGCGACCAACGACACCUCAAAUCGGCUACCGGCGUAGUCAGAGUUUUGCUUAUUGUGUGUACUGUGGCUUGUUUGAUUGGACUGUGUGCUAGCAUGUCGUUAAGGGCGCCGUUCCACAUGUUGCCCAUCCUGGCAAGGUUGCGGCUGAUGCUGUUCGUCACGAUAUUUACCCUCCUUACCACCAGCGUGCUGCUCUUCCUCGACAUAUCACAUACAGUCUACCUGUUUCCAUUCAAUUGGCCACUCAUUAACUCCUGUCUCUUUAUAAGCCUGGGAGUGGCUUACUUACUAGGAUCGAGUUUACUGCUUCACUUGGUGUACGCGUACAACAACUCAGAGUGGGAACCCCGCGUCUCCGGUGCGGAACUAAUUGUGUCCUAUGUUUUUGGCUUUCUGUGCUGUGUCGAGUGUGUGGUACUGGCGGUGGUGGCGCACUGGGGCCGGAACCCGUACAGACGCGUCAUCACAGCCGACGAGAUCAACCUGCAGCCGUCGCCAUCGUCGUCGCCAACCCACACGACAGCACCGUCAAGACCAACCUCCCUGGUGCCGCCGGGCUCCUCGGCCGCCUCUAGCAAGGCGGCCAAAGCCAAGCAGCACUGGCCCAUUGACGAUCACCAGCAACCCUGCUCUUCGAAGCAAUUGGACAAUUACGACGCAGCGUUCGCGAACGCGUGAAUAUUUUUCUAAAACAGAGCUUUCGGCUCCAGUCAGGCACUGAUUCCUCCUCCUCUCAUAUUGCCCCCCCCCACCUGAUUGCUGUCGCUGGAUGAAAAUUAACCUCACUAAAAGAGCCUGACUGGAGCACAAAAUUCGAUAAACGUACGAACGGGCCAGAGGAAAAGCAGUGUCGUGAAAGAAGCAGACAAGUGAAAUUGGAAUCCGUCUUUAAGCAGCCUGAAUUUUUUAAAAAUAAUUUUUUCACUCACACAUUUUGUGAUUGGUUGAGCGCUGCUCGCGCUUGGCCAUCGCUGCUUUUCGUCUGGUGCAUACACACUUUGAAACUCAUAAUUAAAUAGCGCGUCCGAUUAAUAUGUAAUUGUCUUCUAGGGAGAAAAGGGCCUUUUACCGUUUUUAGACUGAUUACAUUGCAUUUAGUUCUCAUCAAGGUUGUGAUUUAACCUGAUCUCGUUGUUGUUUCGCCCUUUUCAAGCCCCUGUUGUAUAAUGACUUCCGUGCCGUUCCCUUGGAAUUAUUAGUACUGUGUGUCUCGUAUAUUAUGAAAGUCAUUCGGUUCUGGUUUUCCACAAAUUAUUAACUACAUAAUACUGAGUGUGUGAUUCUUGGUCCAGCCAGCACAAUGUUUAAAUGUUCUUCUGAAGCGUAAUCCGUAGGAGGCACGUGGUCAGAUUGCACAGCAGACGAGUAAUGAUUAUGUAAUUUUGUACUUGAUGCGAAUGUGGACCAUGUUGCGUGUGAAGUGCACAAGGACGUUCGCAAGGGAAGAUUUUAAAUGGGAGACGACGAUCAUACAGCAAACAAGCAGUAAUCAACCAAAACCCUUUUACGAAAAGCCAAGAUCUAAAAGUUGGUGCUGGCAGAUAAAAAUUUGGCCAGCAUUAGGAAUUUAUCUAGUGUAUAACGGAAACGCCACCUUUAAAAAUAAUAGUGUUACAAAAGUAAAACAAGAAGGUGAGAGUACUUUUUUUACUCGAGAAGAUAUUUUUAAAACCAACGACAUACUCUAUCUAGUCUUUUUAAAAAGUCACGUUGUAUUCUGCUUUGAUUUGCUCUCGUUCUUCUCAGUUCCUAAAGCGCCAAGCCCCAAAGCUCCUCAUACAUUCCUCACCCUAAAGCAGCAGCGUGUGUUUUACCUAGCCGGAGGUUCAAAGGGGUUGCAUUGGAAGUUUUCCUGUCACUCACUGUUUUCUUGCACAAAUUUUUAAUCUCGCGACUCCUCUGAUCAUGUGAAAAUUGUACAAUUUGAAAAAACUACGAAUGUAAAAGAACGAGAAGUGGCAUGCGACCCAGAGUGUAGGCCUCGAAUAUUGUAUAGACGUAAUCAAACUAAAAGUGAAAACCUGGCACAAGUCAGCCAUUGCAUUGGUCGAUUUCUCGGGCAUCGGUCGGCAACAGAAAAUAAAAUAUAUUGUUGAUAUUUGAUAACUAAUCUGAAAAAUAAUGUCAAGUUGAGCGGUUCUCCCUUCAUUAUUCACUCUAGUUAAACGCAAAACUAUUUUUGAUCAAGUAACAAGCGACGAUGGUGCCCAAUUUAGGUUCCGUCCCUAGAAAAUUUUGAGCGUUCUGAACGAGGGCAGCCAAGCCUAUACCUGUCGGUGCCAAGUAGCCUGGCAACACAUUUGGCAGCUGUAAAUCUUGUAAAGGAGUGUUUGUACAUUCUAUUCAGCCUUGAUACUAUAUUUUCCAAACUCCACUUGAAUUAAGAUUAUCUCAUUUCCACUAUCAAUUACUGUUAAACAAACUAUUUUGUCUCUAUCUCAUUAUCACUGCGAUGUGAUUCUACAGCACUGCUUUCAUUUCUCCUUUGGUUUGGCCACUGGAGCGCGUGGUCUCCGUGCGAAAGAAAUUCUCGUCCAGAAUAUCGAUCGAAAAGAAAAAAGUCUGCUGCGAGACGAUGAGAAAAGCGAAAGUGUGGAAUCUUGCCAAAUAAGCCCAUCAAUUUUAUUCGUUAAGGUGAUCUCCAACCAAAGAGUUAGUUUUAUUUCCAACGCCAAAGACUUGAGAUUAGUUGAGAGUUAAUAAAAAAAGGUUAAAAGAAUUGUCUACGCCUUGUGCCUAACUAAGAGAUAUGGAUCCUGUGUGUGGUGCCAGUUGUAUUUUCCAAGGUGAUUAAAUCCAUAGGUGCCGACACUCGAGACAUGAAUCUGUGAAUUAUACUCUCUCGUUACAUUACUCUGUCGCGUUGUAUAUUGUAUUCCUCAGUGUUAAGCACGCAGGGCACAAGGAAACCGUAUUGUUUUAGUUGCCGCCUGAAAACUAACAGUGUUGAUAUUAUUGCAGUACACAUAUGCACAUAUAUAAUUCUCAUGCAUUGUAUUGCUCAUCUCGGAUCAUUUUACGAUCAUUUCAAACGCAGACAAAACUUUUACUUGGGUUCAUUUGUCGUGUACCCCUUUACUUUGAUCUCAUUUUUAUCCAAUUAGUUGUAUUAAAAAGACAUUUCUCUAGUCAUUUUUGUUCAAAUCGCUCCGCCGAGUGUCUUUGGCACUAUAAUAAUUAUUUUCUUUGUGUGACGUAUUUUCAGUGUGCUGUCGGUGAAAAUAUUAAGACAAUGAAAAGUUUUCCAACCGAA